AAGGCGACGGGGAAACGCAGAAAACCCUAGCCGCCGCCUCCUCCUCCUUCUCCUCCUCCUCGCCCGAUCUCCGCUCUGUCUCCGUCGCCUCGCCGCCGGCCGCCGUCCCUCGCAGAUCGUAGCCUCGCCUCCGGCCCUCCACCGCGGCCCUCUCGGUCGCCUCUAUCUCCGCUCCGCCUCCGCCCCUCCCCCGCCCGGGCGUCGCCCGCGACCUCGCCGCCGACCCCUCUCGCCGUCGCCUCCGACGCUCCUCCAUCUCUAGGUGAAGACGUCCUGAUAUUGAGAAUUAGACACCCGGUCCCGGUCCAACCGGGGAACCGGUCCAACCCGGUCCCGUGGUUUUCCUCGUCUGUUUUCUUCUUCUGGUAUCGUCUGCGCAUGCUCGUCUAGCUUCUAGGGUUUUCUCGGUACGUAAUCCGAUCCUGCUACUUGAAGAGAGCUUCUGGUUUCUCUGCUCUGCGUCUCCUUCAAUCCCCCGCUAAAUCCGAGCCCUAGCAAUGGCGGAAUCGGACCGGACUCUGGGGUACCUGACCCGGCGGGACACGGAGGUGAAGCUCCCGCGUCCCACCCGGGUCAAGAACAAGACCCCGGCCCCGAUCCAGAUCACCGCCGAGCAGAUCCUCCGGGAGGCCCGGGAGCGGCAGGAGGCCGAGAUCCGCCCCCCGAAGCAGAAGAUCACCGACCCCUCCGAGCUCGGCGACUACCGCCUCCGGAAGCGCAAGGAGUUCGAGGACCUCAUCCGCCGCGUCCGAUGGAACGUCAGCGUGUGGGUGAAGUACGCCCAGUGGGAGGAAUCCCAGAAGGACUUCAACCGGGCGCGCUCCGUCUGGGAGCGCGCCCUCGAGGUCGACUACCGGAACCACACCCUGUGGCUGAAGUACGUGGAUAUGGAGAUGAAGAACAAGUUCAUCAAUCACGCCCGGAAUGUGUGGGACCGCGCGGUGUCGCUCUUGCCCCGGGUCGAUCAGCUGUGGUAUAAGUAUAUACACAUGGAGGAGAAGCUGGGCAAUGUAGCCGGAGCGAGGCAGAUUUUCGAGAGGUGGAUGAGUUGGGUGCCGGACCAGCAAGGUUGGUUGUCUUAUAUUAAGUUCGAGCUUCGGUACAACGAGAUUGAGCGCGGGAGGGGGAUUUACGAGAGGUUCAUGCAGUGCCACCCUAAGGUCAGUGCUUGGAUUAAGUACGCGAAAUUCGAAAUGAAGAAUGGAGAGGUAGCUAGAGCUAGGCAUGUGUAUGAGAGAGCGGUGGAGAAAUUCGCUGAUGAUGACGAAGCGGAGAUGUUGUUUGUGGCAUUCGCGGAAUUUGAGGAGCGCUGUAAGGAGACCGAGAGGGCGAGGUGCAUAUAUAAGUUUGCGUUAGAUCAUAUUCCAAAAGGAAGGGCAGAGGAUUUGUAUAGAAAAUUUGUAGCUUUUGAAAAGCAGUACGGAGAUAGGGAAGGGAUUGAGGAUGCUAUUGUGGGUAAGAGGAGAUUUCAGUAUGAGGAUGAGGUCAAAAAGAAUCCGUUGAAUUAUGAUACAUGGUUCGAUUACAUUCGCUUGGAAGAAAGUGUGGGCAAUAAAGAGAGGGUUAGGGAGGUUUAUGAGCGUGCAAUCGCCAACGUGCCACCUGCUGAGGAGAAGCGGUACUGGCAACGCUAUAUCUAUUUGUGGAUUAAUUAUGCAUUGUAUGAAGAGCUUGAUGCUGAAGAUAUGGAGCGUACACGAGAUGUAUACAGAGAGUGUCUCAAACUGAUUCCUCACCAGAAAUUUUCAUUUGCCAAAAUUUGGCUCUUAGCGGCUCAAUUUGAGAUUAGACAAAUGAGUCUUACGGGUGCAAGGCAGAUCCUAGGCAAUGCAAUUGGCAGAGCUCCUAAAGAUAAGAUAUUUAAAAAAUACAUCGAGAUAGAGCUGCAACUCGGCAACAUAGAUCGAUGCCGAAAACUAUAUGAGAAAUACUUGGAGUGGUCUCCAGAGAACUGUUAUGCUUGGAGCAAGUAUGCUGAAUUGGAGAUAUCCUUAGGCGAAACUGACCGAGCUAGAGCCAUUUUUGAAUUAGCGAUUGCACAGCCUGCACUUGACAUGCCUGAACUGCUAUGGAAGGCAUACAUUGAUUUUGAGAUUUCUGAGGGUGAAUUUCAACAAACAAGAGAGCUAUAUGAGAGAUUAUUAGAUCGGACUAAGCACCUGAAAGUGUGGAUCAGCUAUGCUAAGUUUGAGGCGACAGCUAUCGAUGCCCUUAAUUCAGAUUUGCAAGAAGAACAAUUGCAAUCACAGCUGUUGGAACAGAAAAGGGAAUGCGUACAGCAUGCCAGAAGAGUCUUUGAAAGAGCCAUUAAUUACUUCAGAACGACAGCUCCUGAACUUAAAGAAGAAAGGGCAAUGCUAUUGGAGGAGUGGUUAAACAUGGAGAGCAGUUUUGGCGAACUUGGUGAUGUUGGCGUUGUCCAGCCUAAACUGCCAAAGAAGCUGAAGAAGAGGAGGCAGAUUUUGGCUGAGGACGGUCCAGCUGGGUAUGAGGAGUACAUAGACUACAUGUUCCCUGAAGAGACCCAGACCACAAAUUUCAAAAUCUUGGAAGCUGCUUACAAAUGGAAGAAGCAAAAGCUUGCUUCGGACGAUGAUUAGUCGAUCGAAGUCCGAAUACAACUGGAAUUCUUCUGCAAAAAUGUGUAUAUAAUGCUCUUCCAGACGAGGUGUUCUUUCAGGUGAUGACCGUGGAUUAUUGGCAUCGCCCGUGGGGCCCUCGUCCAAAAUGGAACCUCGGGGAACUGUAUUUUUGUUCAAUGUCAAGAAUUUUGAUGAAAUGUGAGCUUUCUGUUCAUCCUGCUGAAAUAGGAUUUACUUGGUGUUGGAUCUACAAUUAAUUUUAUGGAUCUUUAGGAUUGGUGUAUAAGCAAAAAAAUGUGUUAUAUCCACCUCAUGUUGUCAAGAUCCUAAAUUUAUGGUCUCUGGGAAAAAUGUUUAUUGUAAUUAUAAUUAUCUUAUCAAGUAUGAAAAUCUGCUCGGAAAGUUUUGGUGGCA